AUGGCUGACAAAGGCAGCCGUAAGACGGCGUUGUCUCCCAGGAUGCCUAGCGGUCCCCGCACCUAUCAGAACAGGGCGCACAAGUUGGCCACCCUGUUCGUGAUGACGGCCGGAAGCGCCAAUGCCACCCAGUUCUCCACGAUGUUUAUCGUCUACGGAGGAGCGCCGUUCCUGCUGGCGUACCUGGCGUUCCUCGGUUGCGUGGCGUUCCCCGUCCUUCGCCUGGAAAGCAGCCUGGUGCAGUUCGCCGGAGACGGGAACAGGGGCAUCUUCAGCACAGUUCCGUUUUUCAUAGGUUUGGGCUACUCGAUGACCACGUAUGCACUCGCGCAUGCGGUUGCCGACACUGUGCCGCUGUCGGACGCCCUGGCGCUGCUCCUGUCUUGGACCAAGUCGUUCGACUGGCAUCACGACUGCCCCGGGGGCUGGAUGACGCGCAACUUGACUUGCCACGCCAUCCGACGCGGCUCGUUUACCCAGAUUCCCUGCAAGUUGGCUAGAGAGCGUCUGACGCAGAUAUACCGCCGAGAACAGCUCACAGAGGGCGUUCCGCUGGUCGACAAAGAUGGCGUGAAACUUGUGCCGACAUCGCCCUACGAGCAGUGGACCGAGGCGUGCAUCCCCGACUUGGCAGACACGGCGCCGCCGUACGAUUUGUGA